CUCCAAUUCAAUCCUUGAUUCGAUUGACAAACGACAAGUCAAUUGUCACUCUAUUGUCACUAAUUGUCAUAUACCGGGGAAAAACAAGAAAUUUCCAUAAUAAAAACUACAUUUGUAAAUUCAAUUCCAAUAAAAAAGUGUCUCCCAGGGAACUCUCAAUUAAUUAAAUUAAGCGACCCAGAUAAAUUUCUACAAGGUUAUGUACAACACAAAUUUCCUACAAUGGAUUGUCCUCUGGAAAUUGCGGACACAAUAAAUUUCACAGCGUCAGAAUUCGCUUUGGGCAGACAAAGGUGCAGAAAAUGGGCUUCUCUUAUUACACAACAGUUGCGACUACGUCAUGUCUACCAAAUUUACGCUUACAACGUAGGAGAAGACAAAAAGGCCGUCUUCUACUUUACCCUUCACAGCACUCCGAUGUCCUCCCCCUUUUAUACUAGCGAAAAAGUGGGUGGCAAAAACCCCAAAUGGAACGAAUUGCUUUUCAGCAACUCAAUAGCCACUAAUGUCUCAUCUGUAGUUAUAAGAGUAUGGAAACAUUGUAAAAAAGGGGACGAAAUCCUGCUAACGUGGGGCGUCAACUUUUCAGGCCUUGUUUACUUGGGCAAUAAAAUUGCAGACUUACAACCGAAAUACUUCAAAGCCAACACUGUGAUAUUUUUCAUGCAAGGAGUUUAUUUCACUAGUCAACAUUAUUUAUCCAACAACCAACCCCUACCAUUCCAAAAAAACCUUAAUUUAAUCCAAACCUCACACAAUGAACAAGUACUUUAUAGACAAAUAGCUUUCAAAGCCCCCAAAAGUGAAAUAACAAGCAGUUACACUCUAGAAAAACUACGCCGUUUGCAAGAGCUGCAAAGACAAAUAAAAAACAAACAACUACAAGUUGAAACAAUUAAAGAAAAAAUAAAAAAAGCUAGCGAAAGGGAAUUGAAACGAGACACGCACGAUCCUCAUGCUUCAACUUAUAGCAACAAUAUUAGAUUUGCCCCACAAUUACUAACAAUGAACUCAUUGAAUAAGAUGUUGCAUGAAAAACCCACCAAAGCAGAAAAAGAAGCCAUGACAAAAAUAAGCAAGCAAAUGGAAGUUUGUAGGUUCAGAUUGAGGAUUUUAAAUCAGGAGAGAGAUGUUAAGAGUGUUAAUUUAAGAAGGUUGAAGCAGAGAGAAACUAAACUAAAAGAAGACAAUAUUGAAAAAAAAAAUAAAUUAAUGUCUCUUCAUCACGAGUUGAGCAAAGAAUCAGUUCAUUGGGACGAGUUUAGGCACAGCUUGCCCAGGCAAAGGGAAUCGCUUAUGAUGGUCCAAGAGCAAUUGCAUUGCAGGCAAUUGGAGCUGUUGAAAGAGUUGCUGUUUAUUUAUCCCAUUGAUAAAAUGCCCAACGAAAAUAAGUAUACCAUGUUGGGGAUACAUUUGCCCGAUUCUGAACUACUUUUAGAUUAUCAAGAUCCAGGAGUUUCAGUAGUCCUAGGCUACAUUUGCCACAUCCUCAUUAUGUGCUCGAUUUUCCUUCAAGUUCCUCUACGUCAUCCAAUGAAACAUUUUGGAUCUCGGUCUGUGAUAUACAAUCAGGUCUAUCCGGAAAUACCGGAUAAAGAAAGAGAGUUUCCUCUUUAUACAAAAGGCAAAGACCGUGCCCAUUUCAGCUACGCCGUUUUCCUUCUAAAUAAAAAUAUUAGUCAAUUUAGGUGGUUUUUGCAUCACAAAUUAACUGUAGAUUUAAAGGAAACAUUGAAACAUCUAAGGAAUCUUUUAUUGGCUGAAGAUUUAGGUGAAAAUAGACGCAUAUUUGAAUUUUCACAAAAAGGCAAAUUCAUAACUUCAAAUCCGGAUAUUAUUAGUCCAUCAAUGUCUAGCAUCUCAAGUUCUAAUCUAAUUGAUCCAUUGAUAGAAUCCAUGAAGAGCUCAGAAGAGAGCGGCACGGCCCUGAGGGUGCUUCAUUGACAACGAGCCCCAAAAAAAAACUGACAUUUUUCAAAUCUAGUCACUCCAAAAAGGAGAAAAAGCUUCCGAAAACUUCUAGCGAAGUUUUAGCAGUGCCUGAAGCUUAUUUAAACAGGCAAAUUAGUAAGGACUUGUUUCAGAAAUGUGCAUCAGGUGGAUAUAAGUAUAAGACUGGUAAGAAUUAUUAUAAAAAAAAAAUAAUUACAUUUGAACUAAUUUUUGAAGAUUGUGCCAUUAAUAUUCGUGAAGGAGUUGAAGAGUUUGAACCUACCAAUUCGGCUGAUUCAAUAGAAGAAGGCACAGAUCCUCUUGAUCCCUCUACCAAUCUUGAUUUGCUUAUAACAAAAUCAAUAAAAAUCAAUAAGCCUGAUUGUUCAAAUAAUCGAAUUAGUCGUUCAAUGGAUUCUUAUGUUGAAGAUGGUUUGCUGUAUAAAACAUUGAGUAGCGAUCCGUGUGAUGGCGAUAGAAAAUUGGAAAAAUGGCUUACAAACGAUCAAAUUUUUCCUGACAAUUGUCUUCGUAUGUCUUUACAAAGCAUUUCGAGUCCUCUCACCGAAAGGACGGAUAGAUUGCUGUCAACAAAUCAAUCGUUUAACUUGGUUAAACACAGACCGGCUGACUAAUCGAAAUUUAUCCUAAGUAAAUCAAAACCGUACUAUUGACUGUGAAAAGUGAACAUUAUUAUUAUUAUUUAUUUUAUUUUGUUAAUAGAAAAAGUAUCAAUAAUAGAAAUAUUUAAAUUUAAAAAAA